AACUCAAAUGACUUUCAGCCUCGAGUUUCAGCUUCGACCAUCACCAUCGACGGAUUACCGCUUCAUAAUAGUUCGGCAAGGCAACUAUGGCCGAUUCUUAUGAAGGUUGAGGAACUGCCAGAAGCCCCGGUAAUGUUAGUUGGGGCAUAUUGCGGAUACACCAAGCCGGACAACAUCGAGCAGUAUUUGCGGCCACUCGUGACGGAAAUAAAUGAACUGCAUGAGAGAGGUUUGAUGUUCGGCGAUAAAAUGGUGCAUACUAAACUACGCAUGUUUGUCGCGGAUUCACCUGCUCGCUGUUUUGUCAACGCUACCAUUAGCUUCGUUGGAAAACAUAGCUGCAUGAAAUGUUCCUGCGUUGGAGUGCACGAAGCGAACAAGAGCAAGGAUAUACAAUAUCUUGUGUACCGCAUAGGUGGAACGUGGAUAACAACGUUAAGAAAAAUAGAUUUUAGUAAACAAUUUUAGCAUCGAUUACCUUUGGACCAACAGAAACAACUUCCUGAAACAGCCGUAAAAUGUUGGUCUUAUCAUAAAACGGAAUUUUUGGAUUAGGCCGGCCAUCCCCACUCCAACUGCAUUUUGUCAAAAACAUUUGACAAAACAAUGCGUACAAUAACUCGUGUAACCUCUGCUUGUAGAAGAUCCAGUAUCCAUGUUUGAUGACGACGACGCCGGUACUACCAAGUUAUCAAUAAGAUGAUCUAGUUGGCAUUUCAUUGUGACCACUGCACUCAUCGUUUUGGAUACGUUCUUCGUAUUUUCAUCCAACUUUAGCUGCAUGUGGUUUAAUGUGAUCAGAAUUCGAUCCAACUUUUCUUCGACAGACGCUGAUUGAUUAGCGACUGGUUGUUCGCUACCCUGGUAAACAUACUGAAUAAAACAUUCGAUUGCAUCGCAAAUUGCU